CGUAGACUUGGACUUGACAUUUAUAUCCCAUCCCAUCCAUCCAUUCAUCGCCAUAGCCUUUAGUAACUGUAAACAAAGCUUAGCCUCUCUCUCUCUCUCUCUCUCUCUCUCUCUCGCUUUUACAAUUAAUGCAACUGUCCAUCAACCAGCAAUGCUUUCCCCUCUUCUACUUCAAUUUUCAACACCCAGAUCGUAAUCGUUCACAAAGAAGUUUCUGACUUUUGACCAAGUUUUCCGAAUCUUUAUCUAAAUUCACAACAAGUUUUUCCUUCUUUUGUUGACUGGAUUUUGAGAGAUUGAAAAUGGGGUGUUGUGCCUCAACGGGUAGUAGGGGUAGUGGUGGAAAAAAGAGAACAAGAAGAACAUUUUCCGAUCAUGUGAGUGCCUUUCACCACACUUCUUCUGUACCCAAUAGGAUUUUUGCAAAUGGGAAGAGCCGAAGUUCUUGUAUUUUUACUCAACAAGGUCGUAAGGGAAUAAACCAAGAUGCAAUGAUCGUGUGGGAGGAUUUUAUGGCGGAGGAUGUGACAUUUUGUGGGGUAUUUGAUGGGCAUGGGCCCCAUGGACAUCUUGUUGCGCGUAAAGUUCGUGAUACGUUACCCGUGAAGUUGUUUUCAUUUCUUGAUUCAUAUGAAUCAAAGAAAAAAGGGUCUACUACUUCUAUUUGUUGCAAUGGGGAAAAUCAUGGAUUAGAGGGGGAUGAUUGUGAGGAGGAAAAACCGGAGUUAUUAUGGAGAGAAGCUUUUUUAAAAUCUUAUAAAGCAAUGGAUAAAGAGUUAAAGUCUCAUCCCAAUUUGGAUUGUUUUUGUAGUGGAAGCACCGCCGUGACAAUCGUUAAACAGGGAUCGAAUCUUUUUAUGGGAAGCAUCGGAGAUUCACGUGCCAUCAUGGCAUCUAAAGAUACCAACGAUUCACUCGUAGCAAUUCAGUUGACCAUUGACCUAAAGCCCGAUCUUCCAAGAGAGGCCGAAAGGAUUAAAAAAUGUAAAGGGAGAGUUUUUGCAUUACAAGAUGAACCGGAGGUCCCGAGAGUUUGGUUACCAUUUGAUGAUGCACCGGGGCUAGCAAUGGCACGAGCUUUUGGAGAUUUUUGUUUGAAGGAAUAUGGAGUCAUAUCAAUUCCUGAAGUCUCUCAUAGGAUUCUUACAGAAAGUGAUAAGUUCAUUGUUCUUGCCUCCGAUGGGAUUUGGGAUGUUUUGAGCAACGAACAAGUGAUUGAAAUCGUAUCCACAUCUCCAACUCGGUCAACAGCUGCCCGGAUGCUGGUUGACUCAGCUGCCCGUGAAUGGAAAUCCAAAUACCCGACAUCCAAAAUGGACGAUUGUGCGGUUGUAUGUUUGUUCUUAGAUGGAAAAAUGGAUUCAGAAUCCGAUAAUGAAGAACACGGUUUCUCUUCCGCUACCCUCCAAAGUAUUGCUGGUGAAUCAGACGAUGGUCAGAAUCCUGAACCCGUUUUGCAAAGAAAUUUCACAGUGAGAUCAGCGGAAGAGAGUAGAAAAGAUCAAAACGACGUAGUUUUGGAAGGGAAUGGGGAAACUGAAACGGGUGUGGCUGAAGAUCAGAACUGGUCGGGUUUGGAAGGGGUCACGCGAGUCAACUCGCUUGUUCAACUUCCGAGAUUUUCAGAGGAGCAAUCAAGGACUUAAAAAAAUAUUUCUUUCUUAAUGUUAGUUAUAAUUUGAUUUUGUGUUUUUUGGGAAGUUGGAAAAUGUAUAAUAUUUUCUCUAGGGUUGUUGGCAUUGCGUGGGAUGUGGAUUAUUUUAUCAUAUAAAAGAGUUUUCAAAUUCGUGCUUUUGAUAA